UGCUGAUGCUGUGUCUUUGCCGCUCAUCUGAGCGGGAGCAGUGUGUUGUGAUGAUACUUCUCCCGCUCGCCUUCCGGUCGUUCGCAGUUAAUUUUUCAAUUACGCGUCGCAUUUCCGCGAGGAGACUUUGUCUCGUCUUGUGUGUGUAUGUUUGUGCUGUUUGCGGUCGGGAUCACGUGUCGGUGUUUGUUCAGUAGCCGUGGUGCAGGACUGUGUCGGGCGGUCGUGCGUCGGUGCGUGCAGGAGCUAUUUUAAGCUCAGCUGUGACGCUGCUGCUGUUUUUUGAUGCAGCACUUCUGCGUGCCCUCUGAAGGACAGGUGGGGAUGUAUGGAAAGGUAUAGAAGUGACCUCUUGCUUCUUCAGCUUUGCGGCCGAACGAAACUAACGCACCCUUUGAGACACUGCAACGCCACUGGUCAAAGAUGACCGACUUUUCUGGGACACACGUGUGUGUGUGUGUGCGCGUUGUGUACAGCCACGGGCAGUUCAGUAUGUGCACAAAUCACAUCGACUUUCCUUCCACAGGCGUUUUAUUCAACCUAAAUUAACUCGUCCACCCGACGGCCUCAUCACCAUCUCAGACUUUUCCUCCCCGCUUUGCAUCUUCAUCCGUCCCUUUAUUCGCUUGGCAGCGGGAGCGCUCAGUGUGUGCCCACCUCUGUCCUCCGCUGCUAAGCAUGUUUAUGUAACUACACAGGAUGAGUAGCCAGCAGCCGAGCUUUAGAGGAGAGGGACGGGAGGACGGACGGACGGAUGGAUGGAUGGAGGAGGGGAGCGCUGUGCCCAUCUACUCAUCCAUCCUUUUCUGCACAGGACAUUUAAAAGAAAAAAAAAAAAAAAAAAAAGAAAGAAAUGGCUGCGUAAUUAUGUUCACGAGGCCUUUGCCAUUUGAGUGUAGAUUUACAUGUGUUUUCAAGCGGGGAUAGUACGCAGCCAGCAGCUAACAGUAGCACUAAUGUGUAUUGAUUUUCCUUUGCAUUCUGCUUUGGCUGAGUCCGUCGUCAGUCAGGAGGAAGAACAUGUAGCACAGCGGCAACACACUUGCUCCCAUUAGACUCACAUGCCCCACUUUUUUAAAUUUUUUUUAUUAUUAUUAUUUGUUUGCUCGGUAGCUUUGCAUGUUUUCUUAUUGCAGCCUUUAAUAUGGUGUCAGUCACAGCCAUUCUCCCGCAAUAUGCAUGUUUGUCUGUUGUGUCACUUUUUGUGUGUGUGUGUGUGUGUGUCUGUCUCUCUCCUUGUUGGCGGGCCAGGCAGGCCGUCCCUAUUAAAAGAGCACAAGGGGAAUUGUUGUGGCAGCAGCUGCUCUGGUGUGCAGUGUUUGUGUGUGUGUGUGUGUGUGUGUGUGUGUGUGUGUGCGUGUGUGUGCGCGAGUGCGCUGCUGUCUCCUGGUCGUGCAGGGCAGACAGGCCCAGUUCACAUGGAGCCGGCUCCUCUUGUGUCCUUUGUUGUCGCUCUGGGAGUCUUUCCCAUUGGAGCGUGGUCGGUACUGUAUCACGCCGCAAGCAGCCACUGUAGCAGUUUCUCUUUUUCCAUUUCAUCCCUUCGCUUUCACUCUUUUUUUUCUGUCUCCCUCAAGAGCAUUUUUAGACCAUAUCUCCCUCAUUCACGGGCCUCUGUGUGCCUUUUCGUCUCCCUAAUCUGCUUUUUCUUCAUCUUCCUUUCUCUGCGCCGGCCUCUUUCUCCACUGUCUCCUUGGCCCCACCAUCCCUUUCUGUCUCUUUGAAUUCAUCCUAUAUCCGGAUGGAUCUGGUUAGUAUUCAUAAGUAGAUCUCUGUAAAGCUUUAUUGCCGUGCAUCACCGGGAGCAAAGGCUCUGCUUGACUAAAGAGGCCCGCAUCGGAGUCUCGUGAGCUUUUCAGAGGAGGCUUGACAGUUUGGGAUUUGAGGCCGCGUGUCCUGCUCGCAGCGCGGGCUGCAGCCUCGCUGAGGGCUCGGAGAACGAGGCUGGAGGCUGGAGUGUGUGACGUGUCGAUGGCGCACACUCUUUUCUCCAGUUAUUUAUUUUCUCCGGUUCCGGCUGGUACCAGCUGAGACUAUUUAAGGCGCAAGUGAUGUGUGUUUGCUGUGAAAGUGAUUCACCGUCGUGUUAAUUCUGUAUCCGAGAUUCCUCUCGAACGCGACGGUCAAGCGGGAGCUGGGAGGGUUCGAACUUGGAUUUUUACUCUCACUGACAAACAUUUCAGUUUUGCUUUUAUGCUCCCUUUCAUCUUCCUGUCCUCUGGCUCUCGGCGGGAGCUUCAUUCAUCGGUUUCAGUCCAGCCUUCACAACAAAACACCGUAUUACGCAUGAUCACACCUGGCACUUUCCCUGUGGCUCCUGCAGUAGCUUUGACCUUGCUCCUAUUUGCCCGGCAACAUCAGUCAAACCCUGAACAUGCAGAAAGGUGGGCAAGGAUUAUGGUUUCGUGGCCUGCUCUCCCCCCUUCCAGCCAUCACCAGGUAUUGAAGUCAGCACAGGUUAGUCAUCUGAGGGAGCCAGAAAAUGAAGAAAGAGGGAUUAUAGGGAAAUGUCAGCCAUGUGACGGCAGAUGCCAGAGCUCUGUGCCAGAAUUUGUUUAUUUUCCCAUCCACCGCUCUCGCCGCACCCGCAGAUUAUUACUUUCACCCACCUACAGCAGACUGUCCAAUCCCCUCUGGCAGGACUCAUGGCCACCGUAGCGAGGGAAAGCUGAUUUAGACAGCUGCCCGCGUCCCCGACAGUCAAAUCAGGACUGGGCAUCUCCGUCGCCAGAGUCGCAUUUCUGAGGUGUCGAAAUAGUUAAAAUCUUAAAAAUGUGUCUACGACAUUUUUUUUUUUCCAGGCAUGUGUUUCAUAACAUUCUUUGUGGACAACUUCCAUGAAAGUCUAUAGUCUGCGUUGACUGGGGGGGAACGAGUGCAGAUAUCAGAGUUCAACUGUUCAACUAUGACCCAGAAUAACAGACAGUCACAUGCUCGGUGGAGUGACCAGGGCUGCUCUCGCCAUCUGCUUUUCACAUAGUUUGUUUCGAGAGAGGCGAUCCGGAGGGAUGGAAACGGUCUGGUGCAGGUGAUUUUCUGCAUUCAGACAAACCAGUGUGUUAGGACACGUCCCACUCAUCCCCACUUGGCAGCCCAUGCACAUGCACGACACCAUGGGCAGCUCCCCCGAGGUGCUCUCUUGGACUUCCUGCCCCAGUCUGCUGGUGGGCAAGCUGAAGGAGGAGCUCAAACUCACUGUGGUCGGGGACACCAUCAAGAAAUCAAACUCGCCCAACUCCCAACCCCAGCCUCCUCAGGCCCCUCCCCCUAACUUACCCCCUCAAAUUAUCACGGACCUCGCCCCGCCGUCGCACCUGCCCGUCCCCCUGCAGACGCUGCAGACCCCCGGCCAGGAUGAGGACUCGGUGCUGGGGGGCGUCAGCCCGCAGAACAUCGCCUUGAGCGUGGACUCGAUGCGGAGCGAGGGCGGCCACUUCGACAACAGCGUGCUCCAGCUGCAGGAGCACGAGGAGGCCGUGUCGCCGGGGUCCUGUGAGCACGGCGGGUGUGUCAGCGGCAUGGACGAGCACACGGGAGAAGGGGACUGUCCCGUGGGACACAACGGAGACGGCAGGCCGAGCCACCCGCAUCACCACGACGACAUCAAGCUGCACUUCCAAAGAGGAGGGCCCGGGUCCGGGGGCUUCUUGGAGGGUCUGUUCGGCUGCCUCCGGCCUGUCUGGAACAUCAUAGGAAAGACAUAUUCAACGGAAUACAAGCUACAACAGCAAGACAUGUGGGAGGUUCCGUUUGAGGAGAUCUCAGAGCUGCAGUGGCUGGGCAGCGGUGCGCAGGGAGCCGUCUUCUUGGGCAAGUUCCGCUCUGAGGAGGUGGCCAUCAAGAAGGUGCGAGAGCAGAAGGAGACGGACAUCAAACACCUGCGGAAGCUCAAGCAUCCCAACAUCAUCAGCUUCAAGGGUGUGUGCACCCAGGCGCCCUGUUACUGCAUCAUCAUGGAGUAUUGCGCCCAGGGCCAACUGUAUGAGGUGCUGAGGGCAGGGAGGAAAGUGACCCCCCGGCUGCUGGUGGACUGGGCCUCAGGCAUCGCCAGCGGCAUGAACUACCUACACCUUCACAAGAUCAUCCACAGAGAUCUCAAGUCUCCCAAUGUUUUGGUCACCCACAACGACACUGUGAAAAUCUCUGACUUUGGAACGUCCAAAGAGCUCAGCGACAAAAGUACAAAGAUGUCAUUCGCGGGGACAGUGGCGUGGAUGGCCCCAGAAGUGAUAAGAAAUGAGCCUGUGUCUGAAAAAGUUGACAUCUGGUCAUUCGGAGUUGUGUUAUGGGAGCUGCUGACUGGCGAGAUUCCCUACAAAGACGUGGACUCCUCCGCCAUCAUUUGGGGCGUCGGCAGCAACAGUCUUCACCUCCCUGUCCCCUCCACCUGCCCGGAUGGGUUUAAAAUCCUCAUGAAGCAAACAUGGCAGGGCAAGCCCAGGAACAGGCCUUCGUUUCGCCAGAUUCUCCUACAUCUGGACAUUGCCUCUGCUGACGUUCUUGGAGCUCCUCAGGAGACCUACUUCAAGUCUCAGUCUGAAUGGAGGGAGGAGGUGAAGAAACAUUUCGAGAAGAUCAAAAGUGAAGGCACCUGCAUCCACAGGCUGGACGAGGAACUGAUCCGACGCAGGAGGGAUGAACUCAGGCAUGCUCUGGACAUCAGGGAGCACUACGAGAGGAAACUGGAGAGAGCCAACAACCUUUACAUGGAGCUCAGUGCCAUUAUGCUACAGCUGGAGGUCCGAGAGAAGGAACUAAUGAAGAGAGAGCAAGCAGUGGAGAAGAAAUAUCCCGGGUCCUAUAAGCGUCACCUGGUCCGACCCAUCGUCAGGUCCAACGCUGUAGAGAAGCUCAUCAAGAAGAAAGGAAGCAUUUCCCAUAAACCUGGGAUGCCUUCUACAAAGAGGCCAGACUUGCUUCGCUCCGAUGGCAUCCCCAGUGUUGAUCCUCUUCCCUCCCCCUCACCACUGUCUGCCAGCCCAAAGGUUUCCACGCCUCCUGGCAAAACCCGCUACCGAAGCAAGCCUCGCCACCGCCGCGCCAACAGUAAGGGGAGCCACAGCGAGUUCCCCGCCGUGCUGAAGCCUGUCGCCGGGGCGCCCGAAGACACCCAGUCCCUCCAGGAACAACCAUUCCACCACCACCACCACCACCACAUCCCACCGCAGACCGAGGGGCCCAUCCUCCCGCUGAAAGGCCGCGAAGAGGCCGUCGUCAACUGUGCCAACAACUUGCGCUACUUUGGACCCGCGGCCGCCCUCCGUAGCCCCCAGACCGACCACCUGCAGCGCCGCGUCUCCGGCUCCAGCCCCGACCUCAUUUCUACCGCCGUGGACGCGGACACGCGACAGCGGACUUCGUCCACCAGCUCCAACCCCGUACCGGGUGCGGGCGCCGGUUCUUUAUGUCCCUGCUGCCAGGCUCACCCCUUCCCCGGCUGCCUACACUGUCAGGAGACCCCUCCCGCAUCGAGCCAGCCAGAGCUGCCGCACUACUCGCUGCUCAACACCCAAGAAAGCUCCCAGUCUGCUUCCGGGGCGCCCAACAAAGACUCGGUCUCAGGCGGAGACGCCGCAAAGAAGACCGAGACGCAGGGACAGGAUGCUUCUCAACCCACACACAACCUGCCCUCUGCACUGCCCCGCACCCUCAGGCCACUCAGGAAGGGUGGCGAUGAGUCAUCUGAAGAAGAAGAGGGAGAGGUGGAUAGUGAAGUGGAGUUUCCAAGGAGACAGAGACCUCACCGCUGCAUGAGCAGCUUCCAGUCCUACUCCACCUUCAGCUCAGAGAACCUGUCAGUGUCUGACGGAGAGGAGGGAAACACCAGCGACCACUCGCACAGCGGGCCCCUGGAGAGGCUGAGCGCCAGCCAGGAGGAGCACCUGGACGAGCUGCUGUCGCACACGCCGGACAUCCCCAUUGACAUCUCCACCCAGUCAGACGGCCUCUCCGACAAGGAGUGCGCCGUCCGCAGGGUGAAGACGCAGAUCUCGUUGGGAAAACUGUGCUCUGACGAACACAGCUACGAGAAUCCGCUACAGUUCGGGGACUCGGACUGUGACACGUCUGAAGCCGAGUGCUCCGAUGCCACCAUUAGAAACAACAAAGCCGGGGCUCCGUCCUCGUGGUGAAACUCUCCCCGGGGCGCUGCUCUGUUUCUGCCUGGAGGCCAUCAUCAUGUCCCACUCUGCUCUGCAGAAAAAACACAGCAAUAAGAGGACAACAAAGCUCCCUAUAGCAAAGUCCCCCCGUAAUCUCUCCUAGAACCCCUCAACCCAUACCUUUCCCUUCAUAAAACCCCCCCUCACUUAGCCCAGCAUCCAGGCAACCCAUGGCAGGGAUUCCCUUUUGAAUGAUAAUGUACAGUAGAUAGUCUAACAUUCAUAAUUUAUUUUUGUCCGAGUUUUGAAGGUAAAUUCAGGACCUCUGUAAGUUCUCUGAUCUGAACAGAAAAAAAAUGACAUUUUGAAGCAUUAGCUUAAUGUGUGUUGAGAAGGACUGGAUGAAGGUGAUGACGAUAACGUGUCUGAGGUGGACAGGUAGCAGUAGUGGGGUUGCGUAGCUGCGGUAGUUGUCCUCUCAGGUGACUGACCCAGAACAAGAACAUCACUACGAGCCUUCGUCUGGCUGCAGCUGCUUUCAACACCUUACUGUCUUAGAAGGAAACCCCCCAAACGACAAGCAAUCUGUCUUACCGCAGUCUGACCAACCUGCUUCAUCAUGAGUUUACAGUGCAGAGCCCCGGUACCCCACCUCCACCUCCUCCUCCUCCUCCUCCUCCUCCUCCUCCGUGUCUCCUGGGCGGCUAACGUCGGGAGCAAGGAUCUCAUGGAAACAGUGUGAACACCAGCAUGAACAACCUGCCUCGCAACUGGACUCUGUCUCUCCCUAAGACCCACCGUCUCGACGUCAGGAUUCCCCACACAACUGUCAAAGCAUGCGUACCGCAACUUUCAUGAAUACGAACGCUGCCCGAAGACUGCAUGAGGUGGACAAGCUAGCAGGGCAGCAGAGAUGGAACACUUCGCUGACAGGCUAAAGAAAAAUACAAGAAAAACAACAAGAAUACUCUCUCUUAGACAUGUCAUCAUCAGCAAUCAGAUGUCACAACCAGAGUCACCGAGGGAGUUGUGUAUGUGUGUGUAUGCGUGUGAACACAAAGUCCCUUCCUCUCCAUUAGACAUAACAGUUUCACGUCUCAUCUCAGGACUGUUCGAGGACUGUGAAACUGGACUGGACCAAUUAUUGUAUGAAGGAAUGUUCUUCGAGUGGCACAUAUAACGGACCAUGCAGGAAUAUUUUAAAAAGGUCCUACAGAUAGCCUUGAUGUUCAACCCUUUAUAGCUGGUAACGGUUGUUAAUGUCACGUAGCGACAUAUUCCAUUUUAGGUGCAGUCCGGGUGCAGUAUCGCAUUUCUUUGAAUCACAAGGUAGAGCAAGUCCCAUGUACCAUUUUCUAGCAGGUUAGUCAUUACUGUCUGGUGUCCAAGUAUGGUAAUUAUUAUCUGUGACGUAGUAAAUGGAACAGCAAUAAUGUGGGCUGGCGCUAGGUGAAGAGGGAGGUUUGUUGCUCAGGAUCCGGGAUGUCUAGCUGGCUAGACGCAGACACAGUGGCUGGUGGCUAGAGGAGAGCAGCGCUAGAGUGUCAAACAGCUAAUUGUAGAGGUUAUAUUUUUGAAAUUCUUUCAUAAAAUUCCCAGUUUUUGUAGACUUUUUCCGGGGUUUAAUGCUCAGGUUUUGCGUUGCCAGUUGAGAGCAAUAUAUCAGUGGCCACUAGAUGGCGACAGUUACACAGACAACUUUUCCGUGUGUUAUGUAAACGUGUCAUCUCAUCCCCUUUUUUUCUUCCCGAGUUAUAUUAUCCCAUGUUCCUCCCAACAGUUAAAGUCUCAGAACCCCAGCAAUAUUACUUUUUUUUUUGUCUGUCAUCUUUGAAAUGGGAUACUGCAUCUGUGGAUACUGCACCUCUUUCUCUCUGUAUUAUUUUAGUCGGUCAUCCACCUUACUGAUCUUGCAGUUGAAAAACAGUCAGGCAGGGUUGAAUUUGAUGAUGUCAAGACGUCGGCUCCAGUGUUCUGCAUAAGGAACAUAAGCCAGAGACGAGGCCACAGAGCUCUCGGCUGCUCUUGGUUUUCAGCAACCUCAUCUCAGUGUUACUUCUGUAUAUAUACAUGUAAAUGUAAUGUGACACAUUUUUGUUUUUUCUUUCUGUCUCUUUAACUUAUCGCUCAGCUCGGGCUAAGUCUCGAGGUCCCGUUGUCACUGAUGACCGGCCGACUGGUUUAAAAUGAGCAGGAUGCUCUGUGAUGUCUAUUACAUCAGUAUUGAACAGCGCAGGAGGGUGUGAGUCAUAAAACCUAGAGCACUAGGUGCAUCUAAAAUUGUACUGAUGGAUAAACUACUUUUUGCUUCAGAGCUCUGGAAAGGCUUACACCUGCUACUGAAAGCAGCUGCUGCGUUUCAAAGAGCCUCCUUCUACCUUCUUCUUCACUCUUGUUUACGUUUGAAAUAACCUAGUGUAUUGUAAUGACUGGGUGAUCCGAUCAAGCUGUUAAUAACGUUGUCUUUCCGGCAUAUAUCCUGUGAAGUAUGAUUUUCUUUUUUUUUUGUGACAUUUUAAUUUAAUUUUGAUCUUUUUGUUUCUUUGUAGCUGGCCUACAUGAUUAUUGAAUUAAUUUAUUUUGAAUGACUGGUAAGGAGUAGCGUCCUUUUUAAUUUCUGGCAGCUUCAGUAAUGUCACGAGCUACGAUUUCUCCUGAAAAGUAUUAUUUAAUGGAAGCACAAUGAAUUGAAAUGGGAUGAGGACAGUAUUUGUACGGUAGAACAAAAGCAUUGUCAUAUCAUUUGACCCUGCAGGGGACCACUCAUCCUUUAGAUUAUCAUUAGCAGUAGUAAUUAGCGAGAUCAAAUGUUCCUAUUUUUUUAUUUUAUUUUAUCAUAGAUUGUUGGGAAUCACUUCCAACCAUAAAUCAGUCACAGCAGGGUAAAGGAGAUCCUGAAGGCAUGUGUGACGCUGAUCUCUACGUGUCUGCAGUGAUCCCUUUCUCUUGUUUUUAUUUAAAAUACUGGUUACUUACAUCUGAAUUUCUGUAAAAUUGUCUAACUGUGGACAUCAUGAUGCCUCAUCCCAUAUUAUCAGACACCUGUUUCUUUGUUACUCUCAUUCUGAACUCCCUUUCCUGUCGAAUGGCAUUAUGAUCAACCAAUCCUGUCAGUUUCCUGUAUUAUCCAGUGUACAGUGCAAUGAGUAUCUGAGGGAAUAAAAUCAGAGCAAACAACUGCAUGGAAUAAAUGCUGAUGUACUGUACCCAAAA